AUGAAUGCUGUCUUGAAUCAUUUCUUGCUGUUUUGGUGUUACUCUCUGUCUGUAUAUGCUACUAAUGUGUCUGGUUUGAACUCUGAUGGGUUGACUCUGUUGUCACUCUUGAGGCAAUGGAAUUCUGUGCCUCCUUCCAUAGUUUCAAGCUGGAAUGCAUCAGAAACUGGAAUGGUUUCAACUCCAUGUUCUUGGCUAGGUAUAGGAUGUGAUAAUAGAACUCAUAGUGUAGUUUCUUUGAACCUCUCUGCUUAUGCAAUUUCUGGCCAAUUAGGACCAGAAAUUGGACAGUUAAAGCAGUUGAAGACCAUUGAUUUGAGCACAAAUGAUUUCUCUGGUGAUAUACCCUCACAAUUAGGUAAUUGUACUCUACUAGAGUACUUGGAUUUGUCUGAAAAUAGCUUUACUGGCGAAAUACCUGAUAGCUUUAAGUACUUGCAAAAUUUAGAGUCUUUGAGUCUUUUCUCUAAUCUACUGUCUGGUGAAAUGCCUGAGAGCCUAACCAAUCUCGAAAACCUUGUUGAAUUGUUUCUAGAUCAUAAUAGUCUUGAGGGUAGAAUUCCUAUAGGUUUCAGCAAUUGCAAGAAUUUGGAAACCUUAGAUUUGUCAUUCAAUAGCUAUAGUGGGGGUGUUCCUCCAGAUUUGGGAAAUUGUAGUAGCUUAGCAUUCUUGGCCAUAAUUCAUGGCAACUUAACCGGUACUGUCCCAUCUUCCUUUGGCCAAAUGAAAAGGCUUUCUCAACUUGACCUCUCGGGGAAUCGACUAUCAGGGAGGAUUCCUCCUGAGCUUGGGAAUUGCAAGUCCUUGACAAUGUUAAAUCUAUACACAAAUGAACUUGAGGGAAAGAUUCCGAAUGAACUGGGGAGGCUAAACAAAUUAGAGGACCUCCAGCUGUAUAACAACCAUUUGAGCGGUGAAAUUCCUAUUAGCAUCUGUAAGAUUCCGAGGCUUAAGUACCUCCUUGUGUACAACAACAGUCUUUCUGGUGAAUUGCCUCUUGAGAUCACUCAUCUCAAGAACCUAAAGAACAUGUCGUUGUACAACAAUCAGUUCUUUGGUGUGAUACCCCAAAGUCUGGGAAUCAACAGCAGCUUGUUGCGGCUGGACUUCACAUCUAAUAAGUUCACCGGUGAAAUCCCCCCAAAUCUUUGCCAUGGAAAGAAAUUGAGAGUUCUUAAUAUGGGUGGCAACCAACUUCAAGGCAGCAUUCCUUCUGAUGUGGCAGGCUGCUCAACACUCAGGAGGUUGAAACUUGAAGAGAACAACCUCUCAGGUGUCCUUCCAGAAUUUGCAGAAAAUUCCAUCCUCAAUUACAUGGACAUCAGCAAAAAUAAUAUCUCAGGCCCAAUUCCACCCAGCAUUGGGAACUGCACUGGUCUCACUUUCAUUGAUCUUUCCAUGAAUAAGCUUACAGGGUUUAUACCCCCAGAGCUAGGCAAUCUUAUAAACCUUGAGGAAGUGAACCUUUCAUCCAACCAACUGGAAGGUUCUUUGCCAUCUCAGCUGUCAAAGUGUUACAAAUUGGGCAAGUUUGAUGUGGGGUUUAAUUCAUUCAAUGGCAUCAUUCCGUCGAGUUUGGGGAACUGGACAAGCUUAUCCACUUUGGUUUUAAGAGAGAAUCAUUUUCGUGGGGGCAUUCCACCAUUCCUGUCAGAACUUGGAAAGCUUACAGAGCUACAACUUGGUGGAAAUAUGCUGGGAGGUGUGAUUCCUUCUUCGAUUGGAUCGGUGCCAAGCCUGCAGUAUGCAUUGAAUCUCAGCAGCAAUGGAUUUGUCGGCGAACUUCCUUUUGAGCUGGGGAGCUUGAAAAGGCUAGAAAAACUUGAUAUAUCAAACAAUAAUCUGACAGGAACGCUAGCAGUUCUUGGUAGAAUCCAUACAUGGGUCCAGGUCGAUAUUUCAUACAAUCAUUUCACAGGUCCAAUACCAGAUACACUGAUGAACUUGCUUGACUCUUCUCAGUCAUCAUUCUUGGGCAAUCUCGGUCUAUGUAUCAGUUGUCAUCCAUCAAGUCGCUUAACAUGCACCAAAAACAGAAUUUUCGUGCUAUGUGAUAGUCAAUCAAGCAAUCGAAAUGGUCUAUCUAAAGUGGCAAUUUCAAUGAUAGCCCUUGCUUCUGUGGCUGCUGUUUUUGUUCUUCUUGGAGUGGUUUACUUGUUUAUCAGGCUCAAAAGAUGUAAGCAGGAUGCUGAGAUCGCUUCACAAGAUGGCCCAUCUUCACUACUCAACAAAGUGAUUGAAGCUACUGAUAAUCUAAAUGACAGACAUAUCAUUGGAAGGGGAACCCAUGGAACAGUUUACAAGGCUUCAUUAGAUGGAGAAAAAAUCUUUGCAGUGAAAAAGAUUGUAUUUACAGGGCACCAAGGAGGAAACAAAAGCAUGGUAAGAGAAAUUCAAACCAUUGGGAACAUCAGGCACCGAAAUCUGCUCAAAUUGGAAGAGUUUUGGCUACAAAAGGACUUUGGUCUAAUCCUGUAUGCCUACAUGCAAAAUGGAAGCCUCUAUGAUGUCUUACAUGGAAUCAGAGCACCACUCCUAGAGUGGAAAAUGCGCUAUAAGAUAGCUAUUGGAACUGCGCAUGGAUUGGAAUAUAUCCAUUACGAUUGCGAUCCUCCUAUACUGCACAGAGACAUCAAACCACAGAACAUUCUUUUAGACUCUGACAUGGAGCCUCAUAUCUCAGAUUUUGGUAUAGCUAAGCUACUGGAUCAGUCUUCUGCUUCAUCACAGUCUGUCUUCGUUGCAGGCACAAUCGGAUAUAUAGCACCAGAAAACGCAUUCACAACAGUAGAGAGCAAGGAAUCUGAUGUUUAUAGCUAUGGGGUGGUUUUACUUGAGCUAAUAACUAGAAAGAAGGCAUCAGAUCCAUCAUUUACGGAGGGAACAGCUAUUGUAGGGUGGGUUAGGUCUGUUUGGAAUAGCACAGAAGACAUCAACAGCAUUGCUGAUCCAAGCCUUGGGGAGGAAGUUUCAAAUUCUAAUACUAUCAGAGAUCAAGUCAUUGAUGUGCUUUUGGUGGCUUUGAGAUGUACUGAAGAAGAGCGUAGCAAAAGACCGACAAUGAGAGAUGUUGUCAGGCAAUUAGUAAAAGCAAAUGAUCGUCGCAGAAGCAAGUGA